UAAUUGGAAAAUGCACUUCAGUCCAGCGUCUCUUGACUUCAGCUCACAGCAACAAUGGACCUUCUGGGAAACUGGAACAGCCUUUUUUCUCAAAUGACAUGGCGACAGGUUGAUCCAAGUGUGUCCACAGCAGAGAUUGGAGACAUGAUUGAGUUUGCACACCCGUGGUCAGGAUUGUCUCUUUGGGGUGUUUAUGUUGGAGACGGCCGUGUUAUCCAUUUUGGAGUGGGAGAUGAGAACAUGACACAGAGAGCCUGCCGCAGCUUCCUCCAGCAAAUGGUUCCAAAGUCGAAAGGUGAGCGUGUUCUGAGGAAGACCAGGAUCUGCACACAGCGCAUUACGGAGAUCAAAGUUCCUCCAGGAACUCGCAUCAGGGUCAACAACAACAAGCACAACAUGGUUCCGUCUCCGCAGGAAAUGAUGCAGAAUCGCUGCGAGACUUUUCUGCACCAGGAGUUCAACUACGACCUGCUGAACUUCAACAGCGAGCACUUCGCCACAUUUGUUCGAUACGGCAACGCUGUCUGCAACCAGGUUGGUUCAACGGCACCUGAAAGAGAAUGGGCCUCAUGCAGGACAGCAACAAAUCAUCUUACCAUUAAACUUCAAUUAGUAGCCCGGGCUAAUAUUUGCUUAAAUCACUGAAAUCAACAGGCCUGUAUUUGGGACAGGGCCACACCGGGCUAGUAAAAGGGACUGGGUGUUUAAUUGAGGUUUUACAGUAUUUUUGUUUGUAUCCACUUAUUUCUGGGAUUCACUAAUAUUUAAAUAGUGGUCGUUAGCACUCUUACCAAAAAAAUCUCAUUUUCAAAGUCCACAAAUUGUUGCCCAACAUAAGGAAACACAAGUUUCAAGUUUGAAGAACAUAAAACAAUGUAUGAAAAUCAUAAAAUCUGAUUUAGUUUAUGUUUUAGAGUAAUUAUAAUGAUUGGAUUAUUAGUUUGUGCACUAAAGAAAUACUACUAUACUCAGUCUAUUGAUCCCAAUUUCUUUUAAUUUCAAUUACUGUGCAUCUGCCGACCAGUGCUGGAAGUACAUUACUCAAAUUCUGUACUUAAUAAGAAAUUGGAGGUACUUUCUACUUCACUCCACAACACUUAAGAGGGAAAUAUUGUCCUUUACCUCCACUUCAAUUAUUUGCUAACUUUAUUUCCUAGUUACUUUUCAAAUUAAGAUUUUUGCACACAAACCAUGAAAAUCUACAAUCGUAGCUGAAACAAUUAGUUGAUCGAUUGGAAAAUCAAUUAGCAACUAUCCUGAUAAUCAUUUAGGUUGUUUUUCAUGCACAAACAUUUCAUGGUUCCAGCGUCUCAAAUAUGAGGCCUUAAAAGGAUAGUGCACCCAAAAAUGAAAAUUCAGCCAUUGUCUACUCACCCACGUGCCGAGGGAGGAUCAGGUGAAGUCCUCACAUCACUUGCGGAGAUCCAAGGGGAGAGGGGGUAGCAACACAACUCCACCUAAUGGAGGCUUAAGGCACCCCAGAUUAAAACGUCCAAAAACACAUAACUGAAACCACAAAAUAUCUCGCAGUGCACAGAGAGUCAGUUAGAGCUACAGGCUACAAUGAGGCUAAAAACAGAGUUCAAAUGAUGUUUUUCCAAACAACUUUUUAUGUCGGGGCUUCAGGACACUUGGAUCACUACGGACGAGCAGUAUGGAGAUAUUUUGUGGUUUCAAUUAUGUGUUUUUGGACAUUUGAAUCUGGGGCGCUGUCAGCCUCCAUUAGGUGGAGUUGUGUUGCUACCUCCUCUCUCCUCACCUGAGCCUCCUUCGGCAUAUGGCUGAGUAGAUAAUGGCUAAAUUUUCAUUUUUGGGUGCACUAUCCCUUUAAUACUUUUCCUUUUUAAUUAUUUUGAUUGAUGAAAUUGAUUUAAAUGUUUCAGCACUGAGUACUUUUACUUUUUAUAUUUGGAUACAUCUCCCUGAUAGUACAAAAGAACAUCUGUAAAGCUGGAACAACUCUGAAACUCAGAGAACAUAUUACCUUGACGACUCUGUAAGGGUUUAAAGCCUGUGACUCCGCACCAGUCCAGAGUUACAGCUGGGGAAGCCUCUUGGAUGAGAGGUGAAACGUCUUCAAGGAACUCAAGCAAGUCCAGUUGACAUAAGACGACAAUGACAUAGCACUUAGGAUUCCCUGAUUGUAUUUACAUACUUAAUCUUAAGUCAUAUUUUCAACACAGGACUUUUACUAAUAACAAAGUAUUAAGUAAAGGAUCUGAAUACUUCCUUUACCAUGGCAUUUAGAGCUUCACAAAUCUUUUGCUAUUGCUGGGUUUUUGAUUUUCCUGAAACUCUGGAAAAUCACGUUUACUUUGUUUAACAGUGCAUUGAUUUCACUGCUGCAGAAGUUCUACUUGUUACAGCCUUUGUUUGGAGGCGUCUCCUCAGUUCUUGGCCACGUGCCAGAGUCCUUGCAUGCGGCAUAACACCUGCCCUUAUAUAGUGUUUAGGGAUCAUUACCUAUGCUGAUAGGUUACUUACGGUCAAGUGGGGUUCAUCAUUCAGCACACCUGGGUAAGAGCAGAUUUGGAUGGUAAGACGUUUGGAGCAUCUGGAGUUGGGCCCUUAUUUUUUUUGUCUUAACAGAAAAUUAAGAGAAAAAUAACUGUGAAACUUCAGAGUAUGUUGCUGUAUGAGGCCCAAUGUGUGGUAAAUAUCGCAUCUAUCCUCCUGAGACCCGAACUUUUGAUUGGUAUUGGUAUAAAAACAAGUUUCAACCAUUAAAUUUGAUCAGGUUUAUGACCUUGUCCACUUUUGGGUCGAGGUCAGCUGCAGACUGACUUGGCAGAGAUGGCUGCCAUCUUGUUUUCACAUGGAUUAGUGUAUUGUGCUCUGACUAGGGCUGCCCAAACCAAACAUUAGUCGACCAGAAAGGUAAUUAGUCGGCAAGAUUUCAUUCGUCGCUUAGUCGCAGAUUAAAAAAUAAAUAAAUAAAAACAGACACAGGAAGAGGCCACGCUCAGCAGUCAGACAGGAGUCAUGUUACAAACCAAUCACAGCUGACAGAUAUCUUUCUCUUCUUCUGUAAAUAUCCAGUCUGAUAAAUAUGAACAGUUGAUCAUGUUAGUGCAGGGCUACCCAGAGCUUUACAUCUGUCCCACAGAUGAUAGGUCUACACACCUAUAAACAGCUCCUGGAAGAAGAUCAGCUCUGCACUUUCAGGUAAAUAGGUUAUGAUACGGUGCUUGUUAUGGUUGUUUAGCAACCUCAGACGCAACCUGCUGCCGCGCUCUUGAAAAUUGGCACAAAAAAAACACAAGAGUAGCACAGUUUUCCAAGUGGUAAAGACACAGCAUGUGUACGGCCUCUAAUUUCCAGGGCUGGUACCUGGUGUUAUUCCACAGGCUAGUUAAUAACAUGUGUGGGAUCAUUUUGAGAAGGUGAAGGACGAACCCAAGGUGAUAUGUAAACUCAUUGUCAUUGGUCGACUACAAACAUGACGUAUCAUCUGAAACAUGGAAGUAGCUACAUGCCCAUUAGCCCACAGCGUCAUUAACAGGCGGCUCGCUCAGUGUGUGACGUGCACUUGGAGAUAAAAAAUAGGCCUAUAUUAAUGAAGGUUCAUUAGUACGGUUUUGUAUUUCUCUGUAAUGUAGCACAGUGUUAACAAUGUUACUGAUACUAUUCUUUCUCACACCUUCAACUCAAACCAUUGUGUUGCCCCACCCAAAAUAUAUCAUUUAAUAAUUAAUUUAAUAUCGUAAUCGUGCCGGCGACUUGUCGACUAAUGGCCGUAAAUGAGGAAAAUUCUUAGUCGAGGACAGCCCUAGGUCUGCCACUAAAUUGCACAAAAAAGUGUCCAGGAAUGAGGACAGGCCGAAGUUACGCAGAAUGAAGCAUAAAGUCCAGUAAUCCCAAACUGUAAUGUCCUCAUGAGGACACAGGGUCUCAGGAGGCUAAAGCUAAUUGGUAAUUUAACGUUCCUAUUAUUCAUUUAUUCAUGUAUUUAUUCAUUUAUUAAUUUACUCUUUUUCAGAUUCCUUUCCAGAAAAAGAAUGGGGAUACAACUCAAACUCUGCAAAUGAUAAUGACACAACGGAUGGAAACAGAAACUUAAGAUCUUCUGCGGUGCCUCUCGCGUACAUCGGUCACACUGACUUUGUUAAUAAGCAAAAAUAAAACUUCUUUGCUGCUA